GUAGUAUUUGAAGCUUGUCAAAACAUGUGAAGUUAUGGAAGUUUUAUAUUUUUGUAAUGCAAAGAUUAAAGCGUUUAAGAAAUUUAAUAGAAAUAGUAGAUGUACAAUUUUCGACACUAGAAUGCGUUCAAUUAACUUAUUUAAAAAAAUAUUUGUAAUGGCUAUUUUAUUAUGCACUUUUCUUUCAUUACUCUUCUGGUCUGACUUGGGAAUCCUCAAUUUCACCAGUUUAGCUGUAAAAACAAUUCCAGUAAAAAACAAACUGUGUUAUGUUAGUAUGAAUGAUGAGAGAAUACAGAUGAAUAAUAAGACAGAUUUAAAAAUGAUCUACUAUAUCACACCAACAUAUCCAAGGCCGGAGCAAAUACCCGAAUUAACAAGACUCUCUCAUACCUUAAUGCAUGUGCCCCGUAUACAUUGGGUCAUAGCAGAUGAUCAACCAACAUGCUCUGAAGUAGUGAAAAAUGUUUUGAGGAAAUCAGGCAUACCUUUUACACAUAUUGCAAGUCCCAAGCCAUUCCACUACAGAAGUAACAACUUUCCGCGGGGUGUUGCAAACCGUCGGGCUGCUCUUGAUUGGAUACGUCACAAUGUUCGCGAAGGUAUACUAUACUUUGGUGAUGAUGAUAACACCAUUGACUUGGAAUUGUUUGAAGAAAUGAGAUUAACUAAGAAAGUGUCCAUGUUCCCCGUGGGACUCAUUGGCGGUUAUGGAGUAUCAUCGCCUAUUAUUAAGGAUGGAAAGGUCGCCGGAUUUUUUGACUCUUGGCCGGGUUCAAGAACAUUUCCUGUGGAUAUGGCAGGUUUUGCUGUUAAUAUCGAGUACCUCACUUCAACGGCCAGUAUGCCUUACAUAGCCGGACAUGAGGAAGACAAGUUUCUCGUCAGCUUAGGUUUGAAAAUUGAAGACAUAGAGCCUCUAGCAGACAACUGCACGAAGAUAUUGGUGUGGCACACAAGGACAGUUAAGUUUAAAAAACCAACACUUAAAAUUAAACUUGAUAAGAUUACCGGAGAGACAUAUAAAAAUUUUGCUGAUUUAAUAAAGGAAACUUCUAAACUGGGGAUGGCUACUAUUGAUUCUACUAGCGGUACAAAACCAUUAAUCACAUAUGAUCGUAAAACAUAUGAAUCUCUGACAGAUAUCCUAUAAUAAACAUAUUAAUUACAAUACUUUUAGAUAUGCCAAAUAGAAUACAAUUUAGGUCAUAAAAUUUUCAUGGUUCGUCUUCAAUUAAGGCCUUAAAGGAGAAAUGGUUACCAUAAAUUAAGAAAACUAUCUAUGUGGAUUAUAUACACGAGCGUGUAGUCGUGCACUUAGAUCUUCGUAUAACUUCCUCCAAAACUUGAAAGGAACAAGUAAACGAGAAGUUUAUUGAAUGCUUUAGGAGUAUUACGAAUGACUAAAUAAAAAAAAUGCAUGCACGUUAAAUUUAAAAUUUAAAAUAUUAUUGUCGUAAAUGUUUGUAUGCCAAAUAAAGUCGACUUGUGAUUUAAAAUAUAAUGGGUUAGGGCUCUGCUAGACAAAUGGCUGUCACUUUGCCUAAGUAGUUAAAUAGUUGGAUUCGCAGUUAGAAUCAAAUGUUAUUUUUUAAUUAUUUCUAUCCCUUGGUACCAUUAGAUAAGUAGUCCAAUAGUAAAAAAGGCGACAUGAUAUCUCUAUAUCGAAUAGAUUCGCUCAUCAUAAUAAGAAUGCAACUAAAUUUAGUCGUUCCACAUAUUUAUACCAUUUACAUAUAAUUUGUGUGUUCGCAGUUAGAAUAUAUUCACGCGCGGUCGCCGACCUAUCACAGCGCGACUAGAGAUCUCGCUACUCAUAUGGGUAGCGAGAUCUCUAGUCGUGUAGCACGCCUAUAUAGUCUAUAUACGACUAUAUAGUCGUGUAGUACAGUAAUUUUGUUCUAUUCAAAUUGAAUACCCAAGUAUCAUUUCUAAUAGUUGCGUAAAAAACAGUAAUUUUGUUCUAUUCAAAUUGAAUACCCAAGUAUCAUUUCUAAUAGUUGCGUAAAAAAUUAAAACAAUUAGUUACAUAACAAAUAUGACAUAGUUAUGUUAAUCUUAAACUAACUAGGAACUUAUUAAGUAACUAUUAAAUCUUCUUGUUUUUAUGAGUGGUAUUUAGACUUGCUCAAAGGGUAUAUUAAGAAAAAAAUAAAUAAUAGAAAUUAAAGUAAAAUAAUGGAAUAGUGCAAAAUAAACAUUGAGUACCCAAAUUUAACACUAUUCGUAAGACUCAAUAAAACGAAAGAUGCAAUAAAAUAAGCAAUUAAUUGGUUGUUGAUAACUGUUAUUUAUCCUGUUUUGUGCUUUUAAAAUUACAAAAUUUCCUAAUGACUUCUUAAUAAGAUAGAAUUAAAUAGGUGUUGUAAUUAGAAAUUUGAAUCUUAUGAUUAUAGAACAAUGAUUUUUUAAACAAAUAAAAAUAUAUUGCAUACCUACAACUCGUCCGUUUAUAUAUCUAAAUAUAGGUGUGUAAUAAGUUACUUUUUAAUAUUUGGUAAUAUAUUUACUAAUGUAUUUUAUCGUCAUAACAACAUUUAGAAAUUAUGUAAAUCCUACCUAACAAUGUAUAGCAGCGAAAAAAGUAAUGAUAUUGAGACAGGAGAAGUUCCUUUUAUUUGGUUCUAAAUUUUAAAUAUACUUAAAAAUAUAAUAAAUAUAUAUUUCAUAGAACUUUAAAAUUGAGAUUGUGAAAAUGAAAUUAGCACAGCACUAAUGCGCGUGACGAACGACACCUACCUAACGAGACACAUUACUCAUAUUCGCUUGGUAUUUAUCGAUUCAGAUACUUGCAUAUUUUUCAUGAUUUUUAUUACACGGUGGCUGUUAUUAAUAUUGCCAUGAAAUAAAAAGUGUACAUAGAGGUGGGGUGAUUGUCACAGACUCUUAACUCAUAACCAAGAUUAUUAUUGCUUCUAUCACCCAUAGUCAUUUUUACCAUCAUAAUCAAUAACAUCACACUUAUAGCCACGAUGCCAGGUAUUACCACUAUCUUCUUAUUACCAUGAUAUCUUAUACCAAAAUCACCCAUGUCUCACACAAUCUGUGAAAACUGAGAUCGCCUCGUUUACCUCUGUCAUGGUAUCGCCAAUCGCUUUAACACCGGCUCCACACUGUGGCCAUGUUGUAGUGGAGCGUCCUUUUGGUAUGAUUCUAUAAACAUAAAUGGGUAACUAUUGACAUUUGUAGACCCGAAAUAGGUAUCUACCUAUCGUAUGGGCGUACCCUAAAAAAGUGACAUUUGGUUGUAGACAAAACGUUCUCGACUUCAUCCUUAUAACGACCAUCAAGUCUUGGUACAAUAUUUACUUUCUGCUAUAUAACUGAACAACUUUUACUAGUUUUACUUUUACUAGUAGAAAAUUGUAAUACUUACAAUCGCCAACAGUAUGAAACAGUUGAUUAUAUUUUCGUGAAUUCAGUGUUGCUCCCAUAGUACAAGUUGUUCAGUAUAUUUAACUUGUUCACCCCACAAAAUUGUGGCACAUAUAUAUUAUACCUAAAAUAUUAUACUUAAAAUAUUAACAUUUUAUCUAGAAAAUUGCGUAUGAGUCGUUGUGAUUUGUAGUGCAACAAUCUCGACAAGUUUUG